ACUCGGCGCCUGCGCAGUGGUGUCCCUGAGCGCGAGGCCGACGGUUUUUUUUUGAACUCGGCGCCUGCGCAGUGCCGUCUCCGGGCGCGGGGCUGACGGUGUUUCGGGGCGCGGCGCCUGUCUGUCUGAGCGCGAGGCGGGACCGCGGGAGGUGGUGAUGGCGGCGGAGACGACGCUCAGAACACUGAAGCCACAUCACGAAGAGGCUCGGAAACCAGAGGCAGGAACCGCAGCUCAGUCAGUGGGGAGACAAGACGUCAACUAUCCCUUUUUAGAUAGUUGACUCCAUUUAGAUCGGUUUCAAGUGAUGAUCUGAAAACCAAUCUGGAAUCUGCCUCAAACAUCAUUCCCGCCAGUGCUUUCCAUAACCCAACAACCAACUGUGCAGGAAAACAAAUUCUCCAAACGUCCCAAUUUGCCAGUUUGCUAACUCUCUGAAAUUGAUGCUUCAGGGAUUGAACUCUGACCAGAAGGACUUUUAUAUCAGAACACUGAAUCCACUUCACUGAGAGGUUCGGGAACCAAAGGCAGGAACCGCAGCUCAGUCAGCGGGGAGACAAGACGCCCAGAACACUGAAGCUCCUCAUUGAGAGGCUCGCGAACCAAAGGCAGGAACCGGAGCUCAGUCAGUGGGGAGACAAGACGGUGAUCUGUGAAGAGCUUCUGAUUACCUGGAAUCACCAUGGCCCAGGCUCCCAAUCCUAACCCACCACUGACAGAUCACAAAGAAAACGAAAGUGAGACAGGUUCAAGGGUCACAUUCUAUGAGACUCUCGCCCUGUACGACGGAUACGAGCUGUUCAGACUCACUAAGUUCUACCGGGACAGAAUAGAACAGGCCAUCGAGGAAGAUGUGGAGACCGUCAGCUCAGUACUGACAAGAAAGAAAUACUUCAGCCAGGAGGAAUAUCAAAAACUGACUGAGCUCACACACAGUGGGCGGAGGAGACAAAGCUCUAAACUUCUUCUGAACAUGGCGCUGGGGAAAGGUUCGCGAGCCCAAAGAGUGAUGUGGGAAUCCUUUGUUGAAAUAAGGUACACUUUGCCCAAACUGAACAAAAUAAUGACUGAAAUACAGGAGCAAGGUGCCAGUCUAUUAAACCAGGUGAUUAUUGACCAAAGUGUACCAGAUGUAUCCAGCACACUUAAAGAUGCUCAGCGAAAGCACAAGGAGAUGUUACUAAAACAAAGUGAGAUACUGGUAGUGAAGACUAUCCUGAUAAAGGAGAAGGUGAAACAGUUUCAGUUGGUUGAUCGCUCCACGGAGCUGACAAUUAUUUCUGAUGUACGUGACCGGGAACUGGUAGAACAUGAGCUGCUGGCGAGAGGCAGAGACCACGAGGAGUGGAGACAGAAGCAACUCCGGGGAGAGCUGGAAAAAAUCCGAAUUGAUAAACUGUUCCACAGCAGCUUCUCCAGAGGAAGUUUCUUUUACCGGAUGAAAAAAUUCUACAAGAGAAGCGGAUCAGGCACUUUCACAGGGAAUUCCGCAGUAGUGAGUGGAGUGGCGGGGAUUGGAAAAACAACUAUGGUGCAAAAGAUUGUCCAUGACUGGGCCACAGGCAAAAUCUAUCCUCACUUCCACUUUGUAUUUAUUUUUAAAUUCCGAGACCUAAACAGAGUUCAUGACAGAGCAACACUGAGCUGCCUGAUCGUGGAGCAGUAUCCUUACCUCAGGGAUGUUCUAGAUUAGCUUUGGAAACACCCAGAGACAUUGCUCUUUAUAUUUGAUGGUUUGGAUGAAUUCAGGGGUAGUAUUGAUUUCGCUGACUGUCGGAGAGACACAGAGCCUCAGCGCAGGUGCACAGACCCUGAAUUCUGCUGUAAACUUUCUGACAUUGUGUACAGUUUAAUACAGAAAAAGCUGCUGCCAGGAUGCUCAGUGCUGGUGACCAGCCGCCCCACUGCGUUACAGUUACUGUCAAAGGCUCAGGUCAGUGUCUGGGCUGAAAUCCUGGGAUUUGUGGGGGAAGAGAGAAAGGAAUAUUUUCACAAGUUCUUUGAGGAUCAGGAGGUGGCGGCAGCUGUUUACAGCCACGUGGAGGAGAACGAGCUCCUGUUCACCAUGUGCUACAACCCGUCCUACUGCUGGAUCCUCGCUCUGUCACUGGGUCCCUUCUUUACACGGAAACACAGCAACAAACAGCGAGUUCCCAAGACAGUCACACAACUCUUCUCCUAUUAUAUUUACCAUAUUCUAACACAUCACAGUAUCAAUGUGGAAAGCCCCCGUGAUGUGAUGCUGAAGAUUGGUAAGAUGGCCUUCACUGGAGUCUCCCAGAGAAACAUUGUCUUUAAUGAGGAAGAUCUGAUCAAAUAUAACCUCCAGCCUUCCCAGUUCCUCUCUGGCUUUCUCAUGGAACUUGUGGAGAAAGAGUCUUCAGAGCACAGUGUGGUCUACACAUUCCCGCACCUCACCAUCCAGGAGUUUGUAGCCGCACUCGCUCAGUUCCUGUCUCCUCAAUCCAAACGCACCAUGCGGUGUUUGAUCCGCAGUGACAUGGAGGAGGACGGCCGGUUUGAGAUAUUUCUGCGCUUUGUUGCGGGGCUCUCCUCCCCACGGGCAGCUCAGCCGCUGGAGGAGUUUCUGGGGCCAUUUGUCCAUCAGACAACCUGUGCGGUGAUCGAUUGGCUGAAGGAGAAGUUUAAAGCUCAGAUUAAAGACACAGACACCGUCACUGGGAAAGGGAAGUUGCUGAACUCACUACACUACCUGUUUGAGUCUCAGAAUCAAGCCCUGGCACAGCAAACACUGGGCUCUCUACGAACACUGGCAUUUGGUGACAGCUCUCCACAGAAAGCAUUGAGACUGACACCGAUAGACUGUGUUGUGGUGUCUCAGGCCAUUGGACUUUGUGACACAAUGAAACAACUGAAUCUGAAGAACUGCUACAUUCAGGAGGAGGGUCUCCAGCGUCUGGUUCCUGCUCUGCACAAGUGUGAGGAAUUGUGGUAA